AUGACUGGAGGCCCGUCUCCUAGCAACCAGCCUCUAGGCGAUCCCCCGCCCCACGCAGUUGCCAUAGCAACAGCCUCGCCGGCAGUUGGGUACCAGCUUGUGCAGCAUCCCAAGAAGGGGUUAUUGGCUCUAGGCCCCAUGGAGCAGGGUGCAGACUCCGACCCCCCCCACUCCCCUCCCCUCUGCGCCAUGCAGGGGACCCCCCUCGCCAUGUCAGCAGAGAGGGCCGAGCUGCUGGUGAGCACCCUGGCCAGCACUGCCCGGCUGGUGCACAGGGCCGGAGAGGCCCAGAAAUCUGCCCAGCUGGCCUGUUUCCAUGCGGGGCAGGCGCUGGCCCAGGCGGGGGAGGUGCUGUCUCUCUCCAAGCAGAGCUACCUGCAGGCCCGACGCCUGGGAGAUGGGCUGCUGGGCUGCCUGCCGCAGCCGGACUAUCGGGGGCUCUUCCAGUGCCUGGCCCGGCCCCCCCUGGCCUACGAGGAGUUCAGAGCGACGCUGCGCCAGGCCGAGAGCACCCUGCUGCACCCCGUCUUCCAGAGCACAGGGCCCCCCCAGAGCCAGCAGGCACCCAGCCCCGACUGCCACAGCCUUUCAGGCUGCGCCCAUGACAGCACCCUGGGCAGGACCCAGGCGUCCGGGCCCCAGGGAUCCCCCUGUGCCAGGGAGACAGACGAGGACAGCACCGAGGAGGAGGGGAGGUCGCUGCAGGUCCGGGGCCGUGACCCCUCCCGCCACAGACAGGUGGAGGCCGUGCGGCUGGAGGAGCAGAUGGGGGGGGCCUUUGUGACCCAGCGGCGCCGCUCCCCCCGGCGCUCCCCGUCCGGCAGCCUGGAGGCUCUGUCCCCCCUGGUCUCCGAGCAGGAGCUCAGCACCAUCCAGCCCCUGAUCCGCUGCCCCUCCCGCCAGGGGGGGCCCGGCAAGUUCCUGAGCAAAGUGACCCGCCGGGGCCGGGACCGGCCCCCCUGCGAGACCUCGGACAGCGACACCGACCAGUCGGAGGCCUCGGCCCAGGACCGCGCGUAGCCCCGCCCCGUGUCCCCCCCCCCGCCUGGUAAUAAACCCGGGUCUCCAAUCCCGCCCCGCCCAGCCGCGGGGCAUUCUGGGAAACGGCCUGGCCCGCUUCAGGAGACGGUGGGAAAUUGGCCGCACCAGCCCCAGGGGAUUGUGGGAAGCUCGUUGCUAGCGUCACUUCAUGCGUCUGUGCUCCGAUUGGGCAACUGAGUGUCACAUGACUUGGGUGUAGGAACCGGAAGUAGCGAUGAAUCCAAAAUGGCGUCCUUCCCCGGAUGGAGACGCUCUAGCCCGAAGCCCGCCGGGUGCUCUAUGGCUGAACCUGAGCGAUGCCAACCCGGCCACAGCAAGGGGUGGGGGAAUGGAACAUCCAGGACUGAACCAACUUGGGGCUGGACCAUGACACCCCUCCCGUCCCUGAGAGGAGGGUGGAACCCCGUCAGAUGAAAUGGUUGCUCCCGAAUGGGGCUCACUAUCCCCCCGCCCCCGUAAACCCCGUCCCCGCCUCCGCCUUCCCCCCUAGGACAGCUUGGUACAGCCCAACAGGGGCGGGGGGAGGGGUAAGAGUCCCGGGGAUCUUAAAGGCGCAGCGGCCAUUUGUUCUUCCCGCUCAGCGCAACAGCAGGGCUGGUGCAUUGGCUGGGGGGGGGACCCCAGGGCUGGU